AUGCCCCCUAAACAUGUGGCCAUCGUGACCUGCAGCACGCGCUCUCCACGCCUAAAUCCCACAAUUACGCAGUACGUCUAUGACGUCCUCGCCCACGACCCAACGAUCCCCACGAAAAAAGUCUCCGACGACACAGAAGACACAGACCCGCGGCACAUAACACUCUCAAUUCUGGACCUGGCCAAACAGAAUCUUCCCUUGUACGACGAAUCCGUCAUCCCUGCAAGCCUGCCCGCUUCCGAUCCGACGCCACAUUACACAAGGGGACAUACCAAGGCGUGGUCCGCUGUUGUGCAGCAGUACGACGGGUUCAUAUUCGUGACACCUCAAUAUAAUUGGAGUAUUCCGGCGAGUUUGAAGAAUGCGAUUGAUUAUCUUUUCUAUGAGUGGAAGGGGAAGCCGGCGGGGAUUGUUACAUAUGGGUCGCGUGGUGGUGGGAAAGCGGCGGACCAUUUGAGAGGUAUUUUGACGGGUUUGAGGAUGAGGGUUGUUGGAACAGCACCGGGGCUUGUUGUUAGAUAUACUGGAUUACCUGUUGGUGCACUAUCUGAGGAGGAUCAGAGGGUUGAUCUUGACGAGAAGGAUUUAGCAGGGUGGAAGGACGCUGGCGUGGAGGGGAUGAUGAGAAAUUUAGGGAUGGAGCUCGUUUGUGAAUUGGAUAAGGAGUGA